AUGUCCACCUCCUACCAACACACAGUCUUCCUCAAUCUCCCCGUCGCCUCCCUCGCGGACUCUAUCGCCUUCUACACCGCCCUCGGCUUCGUCCAAAAUCACAAUUUCUCCUCCCCCGCCGCCGCCCAAAUGUCUCUCCCUAGCACACCCACCAGCCCCACAAGCGGCCCCGAAGCACACACCGGCGUGUUCAAACUUAUGCUCCUCACGCACGACUUCUACCGCACUUUCCUGCCACCUGGACACUCGAUCCCGGAUCCAAAGAAGGUGGCCCAGCAGAUUUUGUGCAUUUCGCGUGAGAGUCGGGAAGCGGUGGAUGAGUUUUUGAAGGCGGUGGAGGAGAAUGGUGGGAAGAGGGACGUAAGGCCGGAGAGCGAGAUGGACCGUGUGAUGAAGGCGCAGGGAUUCUAUGGUGGGAAUGCGAUGGAUCCGGAUGGGCAUCUGAUUGAGUGUGUUUUUAUGCCAAGCGAGAUGUAUGCUGGGAAGGAGUAG